AUGUCUAACCUCAACUGGACCAAGCCUGAGCAGGCCUACCGCGAUGGCAAAAGGCUGACUCUGUAUCCAUACGAGCCCACCCGCCCGCAUGGUUCGGGAGAGUACCAUCGGAAUCCUCUUCCUCGGGACCUUCCAUAUGGCCAUAUUCGUGACUUCAACACCAAGGCCGACUUCACAAAGACCCAGGUCGAGAUUGAGAUCCAGGAAAUCAUCCGUCGAGGUGUCAAUCGAACAUCCCAAAUCUUCCGCUGCUCGGUCAUCAAGGCUCCAGAGGAAGAACGGCCCGCUGCCCUCCAGGAGCCACUUCCACCCUCGAGAGACGAGAACGGAGGGGUUCUGCCCGGGCAACUUGCAGCCAAGGUUUUCGACUAUGAUUACUAUGAAAGCGACUUUGGAGGCCCCUGGGGCAACGAUGAGGAGGCUGACGGAAACCACUGUCGCGAGCACGCUGUCUAUGCUUACUAUCGUCGGAACGGCAAAACCGGGUAUCCACACAUCAUGCCGCAGUUCUAUGGCAGCUGGGUCAUCAAGAUUCAUAGCGGGAGCGAUGAAAACAACCAGCCGAAGUUCAGAUACGUCGGUCUCAUUCUCAUCGAAUACAUCCACGGCUAUUCUGUUGAGAACCUGUGUCUGCGUGACCGCGACGGCGACUAUUGCAGCGCUCUCUACCCCAGUACCCUGCCUGUGGGCUUUCCUAACCACGACGGCUCCUGGUUAAACGUUACGUUCGACGUGGAGAAGCGACAGCAUGUCGUGAAGGAGAUGCUUCAUGGCGUUGUGGUCGGCAUGCACUUAGGUGUGCAGCAUACUGAAUGCGAGCCGUGGAACCUCUUCGUUACUAUGCGAAACGGCCUUGUGACCUUGGAGAAGCCUCGAGUUGUCCUUCUCGACCAUAGCUACACCGAAGUCUGGUCUCUGACCAAGGACGCCGAAGCCGAAGGCGACACUCACUGUCUCCAGAAGCUUCCUUACCCUCCUCACCCUAUCGAGAGGUGCAGCAUCGAAGCUCUGGACACACUCGAAGGCUGGUGGCCUCCAACUCAGCGCCAGCAUCCGGGUUUCAACGAGGAGAAGUUCGACGAGUGGCUGUGCGAAGAGAACGUUUUUGGGCCUCACGUUGAAGCGAAGAGCGUCUUGGACCCCUUGCUUGGCCAGAAGAAGUUGUGGCCACACAAGUACAAGAAGUACUCUACCUUCGCGACCUUGGACCUUAUCGAGGCGAAAGAGAAGGAGGUGCGGGGCGCAGUUGCUUCCAAGAUCAUUCAAUUUGCACGCGAGAACGAAGACAUGAAUUCGGACGGCCGUCAGGAGGAGAGAGAGAAGGCCAUCGCGGAGGGCGUUCGCAGACGUGCCACAUUCGUAAUGACUUCGGACUCGUACUCACUGUGGCUCCGAACCAAAGUCCGCAAGCUUCGGGAAACCAAAGAGCGCGGGCUUCAGGAAGCCAAACCCCGCGAGUUUCGCGAAACUCAAGAGCGCGAGCGUCGGGAAGCCAAACAGCGCAAGCGUCAGGAAGCCAAAGCCCGCAAGCGUCAGGAACACCAGGAGCGUCGUCGGCAGGCUGAGGCACAGGCUCUCAGCCCACCUCCGCAGGUAUCGACCUCUAUCACUCGCAUCGAUUCCUCGCACCACGACCCGUCCCGUGCUAGCACCAUCCAUAGUGCUACGCCGGCCGGCGCGGAGAAUCGUCCCCCCCAGACUCCUGGCUUCAAUUACGAAACGCCCGACCUCUUCAGGCUCGCCUCGGCCCGCUCUGGCUCCGGUGACGAACCGCCCGACCUCUUCAGGCUCUCCUCGACCCGCCCUGGCUCCGGUGACGAACCGCCCGACCUCCUCACGCGCUCCUCAGUCCCCUCUGUAUUCAGAGAUACACCUCCCACGUGGAUCGUCCCCCACCAGCCCGUCCCUGCCCCUUAG